AUGUCUUCUUUGUGGAAUCAGAAAGAAUCGGAAGAAUAUUUCAAACUGAAGAAAUCUUAUUUUAGAUUAAACUGUCGAAAUUUGCCCCACCAUCCGUUCAAGGGUCGAAAACAUUUAAACGAUUGGUUUAAGAGCGUGACGUGUGUUGCAGAUCUAAAUUCGACGAUAGCAAAUCAAAUCAACGGAAUAACAAUCGCCGUGCAGCGAUAUGAAUAUGUAAACCUCUAUCAAACAAUGACAGAUUUUUAUAACGUGUUUCUAAUUAUGAUACUUUUUCAAAUACCCCCCGACACUAUUAAUAUAUUAUACAUAGAUGGCCACCCUGCUGGUACCCUUGACGUCACAUGGCAACGAUUAUUUGGUAAAAUAUACCGUGCAGGUCGUAUGGCAAAUGAGACUAAGUUUGCGAAGAUGAUAUGGAAUAUACAAAGCUAUAACUGCCCCCUUCAGAACUGCAACUUGCGAUAUGUGCCGUAUUUAGAAAGAUUUAGAGAUUUUUUCCUUUUUCAACAUGAAAUAACUAACGCGAAGGUGCUAAAUUGUUCUAAGCUAUCUGUGACGAUAAUUUGGAGAAGGGAUUACGUCGCUCAUCCUCGAAACCCAUCCGGUGUUAUCCAGCGAAAGAUCAAAAACGAAGAUGAAUUCUUGGAAAGCGUUACUAAACUAUUACGAGGCCACGAGAUUAAGGCCAUACAGUUAGAUACACUUUCAAUGGCAAAGCAAUUAGAAUUGGUUUCGGAAACAGAUAUUCUUGUUGGUAUGCAUGGAGCGGGGUUAUCCCAUACAUUAUUUUUACCUAAACACGGAGGUUUAAUUGAACUGUUUCCGGCUUACCAUAAACAGUGGACUAGUCAUUUCCACGCCAUGACUAAAUGGCGUCGUCUACAUUACGUUUCGUGGAAAAAUGAAGACCCUCGUAAUGAAUAUCCCAACAAGAAGACUUAUAUUCCCACUACUAUAGCUAUUAGUCAGACAAAAAAAAUGGUAGAAAAACUAUGCCCACAAAAGUUGGUGUACGAUCCUUGAAGCAUCAUAACAAGUUUCCAUCUUGAAAUAUAGA